CGAAAAGUCGGCAAAAUAUAUCUGCCAAAAUGGCGUGGAGUUGCUGUUUGGGCGGUUCAUCCACUCCGGUGGUUGUCGUCGUCCCCGCUACUUCCGCCGCCGCAACAGCUCGCAACUGUUUCACCAUCGCCCUGAGCAAGCAGUGUCGGUCCUCGCGAUUGCAGUCGGCGGGGCGACGUAGAAUCGCGGCCGUUCCGACCAAUUUCAAAGCGAGGGGCAAGGCGACCGAUUCGGAGCUUGAGCUCGAUCGUUCAUCCGCUGAUGAGAUCGAUUGCAUAGGCACCGGACUCGAUGUCGAGUGCGUGGUCGCGCCGAAUGAUGAUCCGCCGAGGAACUCGAAGGAUGUGGUGGCUGCGGAAUCAGUAGUAGAAGCGUCGGAUUUGGUGCAAUUGGCGCGGACCGUGCUGGAAUGGGGACUUUUGAUAUCGCCUUUUUUCUUCUGGGGGACGGCUAUGGUCGCUAUGAAGGAAGUGCUGCCCAAAACCGGCCCGUUCUUCGUGGCGGCGUUUCGGCUGAUUCCGGCAGGGCUGUUGUUGAUCGGCUACGCAACGUCGAGAGGCAGAAGUUUCCCCUCCGGACUCAAUGCUUGGUUCUCUAUUUCAGUAUUUGCUCUGGUUGAUGCUUGCUGUUUCCAGGGCUUUCUUGCCGAAGGAUUGGAGAGGACUACAGCUGGCUUGGGCAGUGUGAUAAUUGAUUCUCAGCCUUUGACUGUGGCUAUUCUGGCUUCUUUGUUCUUCGGAGAAUCCAUAGGGUACAUUGGGUAUGCUGGACUUGUACUUGGCGUCGUAGGACUUUUGCUCCUUGAGGUGCCUGCUCUUACUUUUGAUGCCAAUAACUUUUCCUUGUGGGGAAGUGGGGAGUGGUGGAUGCUCUUAGCUGCACAAAGUAUGGCCGUCGGCACUGUCAUGGUCCGGUGGGUCUCCAAAUACUCAGAUCCGAUCAUGGCUACUGGUUGGCACAUGGUGAUCGGUGGUCUCCCACUUGUGGCUAUAUCAGUUCUUAAUCAUGAUCCUGUUCUCUCAAGUGUCGAUAAGCUUACAACAAGUGAUGUUAUAUCUCUUCUUUACACCUCAAUUUUUGGAAGUGCCAUCAGCUACGGUGUUUUCUUCUACAAUGCAACACGAGGCAACUUGACGAAGCUCAGCUCACUGACAUUUCUGACUCCAAUGUUUGCGUCAUUUUUCGGUUUCAUCUAUCUUGACGAGACAUUCACCCCAUUGCAACUUGUUGGAGCCCUUGUGACCAUUGCUGCAAUCUAUAUGGUUAACUACAAGGAAAAGUUGGAGUGAAAGUUCAUCCACAUAUGAUUUAUGUCAUGGCAGAUCGUGAUGUUAGUCGAGGUACCCCAGCACGACGUCUGUUUGGGUUCAUUGUAUAUAAAUGAUAUCACAAGGUUCAAGAAACCAGGGUUCAAAUUCAGAGGAUGAAAGUCGAGGUACGUCCUCCAUUUUCAGCCAGCUCCAUUUUAAGGCUUAUACACAUAUAUCCUUGUCUUGUAGGAGUUGGGAAAGGAUUCGAAAUAGCUGGAGCAUCGAAACCAAAUCUGUGAUUUCUGCUCCAAAUAUUGAAACUUUGGAUAGUAAAAAUGACGGGAACAUUGUAAGUAUUCCUCUACUAAUGUAAGAUUUGUAGAUGAAGGUUGUUGUACAAUAUCGAAAUAAACUCUGUUUUCAGCUAACAAGAAAUGAACUGAAACCAGUGGGGUGUGGACUAACCAUUCGAGCAAACUGAUUAACUUAAUUAUCUAAGUUGCAGUGGAAGGCGACACCGUGCAACGACCUCAGGUUUCGACUCUGCACUCCCAACACCUUUGCCUGAUGCACGUGAUGCCUGGUACGCCGUUUUUGCCCCAUUCUGUUUGUUAACUGAUCUUGAAGACGACGACGGCAAUGUUACAUAUUUAUGGUAGCUUGGCUGCCCCAGAUCAUCGUCGUUUGUUAUUAUAAUCCCAGAUUCCAAAAUGGGAUCGGGUUUCGCCAGGUUCCUGUCAAUUUUACUUGUUUGUUCGACGAGGAAAUGUCGCCUACCACUCUCGUUGGUACCAGAGUUGAGAUCGGCUACUGCUUCCACGAUCGAGCAAGCUUUAGCCACGCACGGCGGGAGAGAAAUCGCCGCAGCAGCAACGGGGUUCUUUUGAUGGAAGUUUCGGAUGUCGUCUAGCAAAAAUGCAGCGUAAGGCGACGCGUUAGAGUUCCCUAGAACUGGCUCGGCAUCGUCGUCAUCUCCGACGACGCCGUGUCUUGUUCUUGCAACCUCACAUGGUUUCUUGUUUCCCUGUCCUGUGGAGGUAAUAUUUGAGUCAAUUUCACUUAGAGGAUUCCUUCUCUCCCCAUUCCUGGAAUUGCUUCUGCUCAUCCUUGCUGGCGAUCGUGCGCGUGGCGAUGCGCCGCCGCCGCCGCUUCUCCUCGCCGGAGCCUUUCUUCUCGGGGUGGCGUUAACCUCCCCGACGCUUGGCACCGUAGCGGGCACGGCGACUAUUUUCCCGGGCCUGGAAAUGGAGUCCGACGGACGAGUAUUUUUGACGGGAGGAGAUUCGGAUCUAUGUCUAUUGGGAGAUCGGCUUAGUCUCCUCCUUUCUCUGCUGCCGGAGCGCGGCUGUGCCGCCUGGCCCUUGUCCCUUUCCGGCCUCCUCCGCGGAGACUGCCGCCUUUCUCCCUUCCUCGUAAAUCCUUCCUCUUCUCCCGCAUUCCUCCUUGUUUCUCCGUCGAGAUCGUAGCUCCUCCUUCGGCUCCCACUCUCGCCGUUCUUCCCGGCGGAAGAGUUGCUCCUGCUGAGCCUCCCGCAUUCGAGUAGGAUGGCGUCGAUGUCUUGCGUCGUAGAACAUACGGGAACGGUUCCGGUAUCGUCACUGCUUCCAACCUUUACAACGGCCUGUCGAUUACCGGCCUCGGCUUCGAGGGGCGUUUGCCGCUCGACGGCGGCGCCGGAAACCUCUUUCUUGACGGCAGCUUGUUGUUCUGAGUGAGGCUUGUUUUGUGGGUUGUAGGGAUCAAUGGUGAAAUCCUUGUUCUUGUUCUUGCUUGAACAGCAUCCCAUUACGAGAGAAGUAAGAAAUUCCAAAGAAGAAGGGUUGCUGGAGAAACCAAACUUCAGUUUCCUAAAUAGAGAUCUGAUUUACUUUUGACUCACUGGCAAAUUAUAGCCGUUAAGGAUUGAAGAUUCUGUUUUUAAAUUUCUUUCAAUUUAUUCAUUGAUAUAUAUGGUAUGUAAAGGGAUAAAAAUCUUUAAUCAUUAUAUGUGUCAGAGUAUGCACUGAAAAUUAGAAAAAACAUUUAUAUUUCUAUACAUCUGAAUUCACAUGGA